AUGCUCGUUGCUCCUGAAACACUGGAGGGAUUGCGUUUGCCGACGGCGAUGCAAUCUUUGCAGUUUGGCAUACACGGAGAACCUACAGACGGAAGAGGAUUUUUCGAUCGGGUGCGAGAACGAAUUCGUAGAUAUGCUCGAGUUCGAAGACAGGGACAAGGACAAGGACGAGGACGGGGAUCAUGGGAGCAUGUGCCGAUCCCUUAUGCGGUGGUAGCUACGGAGGUGAAAUAUUUUGUGCCUUAG